GAACAAUAAAGUUGCACGCGUUUGAAUUGACAGCGGGGACAAGAUGGCGGCGUCCGUGUUGGGCUCCGUGCUGCGCAGCGCCCGGCAGUUGCUCUCCUUCUCCCCGGUGACAUGCUCAAACCAAGUCAGAAGUUAUUAUGUCAACUGGAGAAUGUGGCGAGACGUGAAGAGGAGGAAGAUGGCCUUUGAAUACGCAGAUGAAAGGCUGAGGAUCAACGCUCUACGGAAAAACACCAUCCUGCCUAAGGAACUUCGGGAAGUGGCAGAUAAAGAGAUUGCAGCGCUGCCCGUGGACAGCUGUCCAGUACGGAUCAGGAACCGAUGUGUCCUCACCUCCCGACCACGUGGUGUGAGGAGGAGAUGGCGCCUGAGUAGAAUAGUAUUCCGCCAUUUAGCAGAUCACAAUCAGAUGUCUGGCAUCCAAAGGGCCAUGUGGUAGACCGAGCCUGAGAUCAUGAAUCAUGUUGGUGGUCCUCGCAGCAUUUUAUAGUGUCUGAGGGGUUCUGAAAGUCAGUUUUUUUUUUUUUUUACAUUGUCUCUAUGAUAAAUAUAGGUUGUAAUUCACUA